AUGGGGAACUGUUGCAAGCCAGCAUCAUCGGUGGAUUGGGACGGCGAGGACUGGAGUGAUUUGACGUCAAAGAAGACGUGCUCAAGCAAGGUGUUUGAUCGAGCUCAUGCUAAUGGUCAUGGGUUGAGUUUAGGGGAAGUGCAGAAGGAGAAGCUCAUGGAAGCACGAAGAGUUUCUCCUGAUGCCAAUGGGAAAGUGAAGAUAAGGAUAUCAAAGAAAGAGUUGGCAGAAUUGUUGGAGAAGCAACAACAGGUUAAUAACAAGAAAAUAGGUAGAGCUUCUGCAGAACAGGUUCUGCUUCGCUUAAUAAAAGCCAGAAACCAUGAUGGUCGUCACAUAUUGUGGAGGCCUGUCCUAGAGAGUAUUCCUGAGAUAUCAAAGAAAGAGUUGGCAGAGUUGUUGAAGAAGGCAAACAUGUACAGAGCAGGUCUUUCUUCGUUUGAUAAAGGCUAA